GGCGUAGUGGCGGUAAUUUUCGAAUGCAAACACAAUAAUUUUUCAAAUUGCUUACAUAUUGCAAUCAAUAACGUGACAACAUUAGAUUCAUUCGUAAUUUUAUAUUCUAAGUUAAAUGCAAAAUAUGAUCAAGUAAACGCACACACGUUGCCAGUGGAUUUUGAUAAAACACGUGUGUUUUGUUUUGUUUGAGUUGAGUGUUCAAACAUCACUCAUUUGCAAAUUCUAAUUUUUUAAAUAAUAUUAAAGUGAAAGUAGUAAUCAUGUUCACAUUUGGUUUUUCGGACGAUGGCACCGAAUCGGACUGUGAAACAGAAAAGCACAAUUUUGAACUUCCUGAGAAGACAACACCUUCAUGGAAAGAGUGUGAAGAAAUCCCCAUUGGUCCAAAUCUGCUACAUUCAGAACUUUUUGAUGAACAAAGUGAUUAUAUGUUAAAGAUUGAAUUUGAAGAUACAUUUGUGAUUAAACAUGUGUCACCUGAAAUUGUUGCUGAAAUCAUUUGUAAAACUCAAAAUGCAGAUGAUACUAUUGUCAAGGCAGAGCAGCAGCAUUCUGAUUUAGUGCCUGCUGUAUAUGAGGGAGGAUUGAAAAUUUGGCAAUGCACUUAUGAUAUUCUAAAUCAUUUGUAUCAGAAAGAAAUCAACUUUAAGGGACAAAAAGUUUUAGAUUUGGGCUGUGGUGCUGGCAUUUUAGGUUUAUAUGCAUAUAAACAAGGUGCAAAAGUUUGUUUUCAAGAUUAUAAUCCUGAAGUUUUAAAACAUGUAACAAUUCCAAAUGUACUCUUAAACAACAGAGAAGAUACAGAUACUCCAAAAGAUUGCCGUUUCUUCUCAGGUGACUGGCAAUCUUUCAUUGAAGUGACUGCAGAAGAAUUUGACAGUGAUGAUAAAUUGUUUGACUGUAUAUUGACUUCAGAGACUAUUUACAACUGUGAAAACUAUGUAAAACUGAAUCAAGUGUUUAAAAGCAGACUAAAGAAAUCUGGAAUUAUUUAUUUGGGCGCCAAAACAUGUUAUUUUGGAAUUGGAGGUAACAUGAGAUGUUUUGAAGAUAUGAUUAAAGCUGAUGAUAUUUUCAAAAUAGAAAAAGUGUGGGAGAAUACAGAAGGUGUAAAUAGGGAAAUAGUUACUUUGAAGUUUAAAUAAUAAUUGUUUACAUAUAUUCAGGUAAACUUCGAAUAUUUGAAAUCAUCUCUAUACAUAAUAAACUUUCUUGUUUUAAACUUGA